AGCGUCACGAUUGCUUUGUUGCUCGUUCGAGUAGUCACCAGCAGAGCAACGGGACUGUACGCGACAAUGCCCACAACGCCUGAAGACGGUCUGAAGACGGACCCUCCCUGCCACCCGCAAGCUUGUGCAAUUCAAGACUGCAUACAGAAGAACAACUACAAGGAGGAGAAGUGCCAGAAACAGAUACGAGUGUUGCAACCUCUUCUACCAGAAGGAAGGCGAUGACGCGAGCACCGUAUCUUGCCCAAAGGCCAAUCUGCUGAGAUUGAAGAUGAAGCAGCGGUCCCAAGGCAUCAAGUGA